AUGGCUUCCGUCGACGGCGUGGAUGUCGCUCUUUACAAUCUGAUUAGGAUCGCAUGGGACCUGCAUCACAAUUGCAAUCUUGUUCGUGGUGAGGCACCUGAAGGAUUCAAGCAGCUCGUGGAUGGGCUACUGUCGCUUCAUAACACCCUUCGUGCUCUGAAAAACAGUGUCGAGAGUGUGAGAGGUGACCACAAAGUCGAAUUGCAGCCAUCACUUCAUGCCUGCCUCGAGACCCUGCAUGCACUUCACAUACUGGUCGCCCGGUAUAGGGCCAUCGGUGCUAGCAGCGAAACGGAGUUUUGGGAGAAGAUGGAUUGGCCGACACAGCAAGGACAAGUGUUUCAUUCUCGGACUCCCGGAUUUGUGCCCCCAGGUGCGCCGGACCCAGAUAUAUCACCUACUCAGUCUUAUUCGCGGGAAAGGAUCCGUCGAUCGCUGCGCUAUGAGCCCAGAGAUAGAUUUCAUCAACCGGAUGCUGAGCUGAUGCUCCAGUUCGACGCCUCUGUGGUGAAGGGACAGGAAUCUCGGAAUCUCACCACGAGCGGGUGGUUACACAUCGCUGUAUGGUGGCUGCUCAAGGCCCGUGCGGUCCUUGCUAAUGCAGAUGAACCGAGUCUCGCAACUCGAGGGAACGUCAGCCCUUCCACCUUAUCAUGGUCAUCGAGUUAUCAAUCAUAUCUUGACCUGCUAAAAGCAUCAUAUAUCUUAUAUGAUGUCGUGCUAAGGACAGGCGAUUCACAAGAGUUGUUCUUGGAUGAGAAUCGAAAGAUGGUAUCGGACUUAUCGAAUGGUAUCAGGGAAGACUUCUCUCAAUUUAGGGCUGUCGAUGUGCCAGACUAUGCUGCUAUUCAUUCACACAACCACGAUAUUCUGGAGACUAUACAGCCGGAGGAGAUCACUGGGGAUAUUGAUCCUCGGUCGGGCUUGGGUGAUGUCCGUUACACCACCGUCGAGAUCGAAGACGCAGGCAAUGAGGACGAGCAUGUCGUCUUUCGCACGUUUGUCAACGCCGGGAUAGGCAGCAAGAAGCUUCGCAUGAGAACUAAAGGAGCCCCAUAUAUGCUUCUCUUGUCCAGCAAAGCCGGAGAGAGUGAACCGAAAAUCAGUUUAUGCAACCAAAUGGGAACGUUGUUUCUGCAGCGCGACUUCGCGCCGGCCGAUUUGACCCAGCUUGUUCAGAUUUCGGACGCUUCACUCGAAGGCCUUCCAGUCGCCAAAUCCACGGAACCCGUAACGCUGAUGUUUGGGGGUACCAGUGUUUCGAUCUCAUUCCAAUACCUGCCAGACCUUGUGCAGUUCAUCAGCGUUCCGAAAGCCUACUUCGAUGCCGUGUGGCCGCGGGAACCAGUAAGCUCUGAUGAGAUCACCGAGACUGUGAUCUUCAAAGGCUCCGCUGAGGUCCUGGAACAGCUCAAAGCACCAAGCAUGGUAGCCAUGAGUCCGGCCGUUGUUUAUAGAUCAUGCGAGGUGCGCGUUCUGGAGCGAUCGUAUAAGGAGGCAUGGCGCUCCAUCCGGAGAAUAGUUAUCAGCUCUUCUGUGGCCGACAAGAAUCCCAUGUGCAUUGACUGGUUCAUGCCUCUGAGUUGGGUACAAAUCCACCGCAACAAGGGAACAAGGCAGGCGCUGCUGAAAUGGUCCGAUACGGGUCAAGAAAGAUCCGAUAAGACCGAUGGAAACUACAAUCCGCUGUUCUCCAAUGUUUACGACGAGAAGAACCCCAACAUAGGAAUCAGUAUAGAGUGGCCCACGGAGCAGGCAGCAGAGGAGUUCGAGCAGGCUAUUUUGAGUCUGAACGGAAAGCCGAUCUUCUCCUGGUCUCAGACUCAAAGCUCAGGGCACAUUUACGACAAUGCGGACGACACCCCCGAGCAGAAGAAAUACAAAUCCAUCAUAGUGUGCCAAUCACACAUGGGCUGGAGGACCUGUGGCGUGUACUAUGUGUACCGAGACACUGACUACAUCUACGAGCAUGCCAACCGUCGUGUUCGGUUCCCGCAUAUUUUUCACACUCACUACAUAUCAACGCAUGUCGAUCAGCUGUACCGUGCUGAAACUCAGGUCCGAUACUCUCACAGCGAGAAGACGAUGAGAAGUGUUACGAUCUGCUUUGAUGAAGAGCUCACCUUGCAGGGAUUCAUGAGCUCACUGGCAUCCUCCCACGAACUCGUAUUUUCCAGGCGUGCCACAUCUCUCACGACCAAAGGCAAGCUGUUCUUCGGUCUCAAGAAGUCUUCCAAAGGAGACUCAGAGGUCCAGCUGUGGCGAAAUGAAGAGCACCUUCGUCUUGCUGCGCGAUGGAAGAAUGAGCAAGUCGCAGACAGGUGGCUUACCAUGGGACUCCCAGCACGCGAGCCAACGCGCGAGCCCACUCGGAUAUGCUUUCCCAACAUGGAGUUUUCACGAGGGAUGGUUCUUAAUAUGGCUCAGAUAUGCGCUGGGAAGGCGAAAGACCCUGGCAAGGAACGAGUACGAGGGCCAAUCACGAUUACUUUUCCGACAUCUAAAGGUAGGUUAGAAGCAUGGCGGUAUGCAGGAGAUUUGUAUAUCUCGCAACGGGAUGCUGACGUUUUUGCCAUGGAAUAGAUCAAGCAGACUUCAUGAUGGC